AUGCAGCUGAAAGGUGUGAUGGUGGCUCUUUUGAGCAUGUCUGCCAUUGCGGACGCUUCCGUGGUUCAACGACGACACCCCUUGGCUCGCGCACUCCAACGACGACAAUUUGGCGGCGGCGGCAACAACGGCGGCAACAACGGCGGCAACAACGGCGGUAACAAUGGUGGCAACAACGGAGGUAACAAUGGCGGCAACAACGGCGGCAAUAACGGCGGCGGCGGUGGCAACACUCUCCAAGGCAACGCCGUACAGACCGGAUCACAGCAGGAUGGUAACCAGCCCGGUUCGGAUGAGCAAGCAGCUUCGGCAACAGAUGACAACAACUUCAUCAACUUCUGUGCUGGCCAAACACUUACCAACGGAGAGCAAAACCGAGAUGGCUCAUGUAACGGUAUCCCCAUGGGAAAGAUCCCUGCAGCCAACAAGAUGGUUUCCUCUGUCUUCACAUCGCCUCAGAACGGUGACAACAUCCAAGCCAACCAGAACUUUGACAUCUCGGUGCAGUUUAUCAACUUUGCGCCUGGUUCAUUCACCAACGCAACAAACACCUACUAUUCAGCUCCCCAGGAUCUUGAUGGUGGUGGUAACAUUAUUGGUCACACCCAUGUUACAGUUCAAGAUACUGGCGAUGACUUGAACCCUACACAACCUCUUGACCCUUCGGUCUUUGCCUUCUUCAAGGGUAUCAACGAUGCUGGUAACGGCCAGGGUCUUCUCACUGCCUCUGUUGAGGGUGGUCUUCCUGAUGGAAACUACCGUAUCUGCAGUAUGUCUGCCGCAUCCAACCAUCAGCCUGUCCUCAUGCCCGUCGCCCAGCGAGGAGCCCAGGACGAUUGUAUCCGUAUCACUGUCGGAGGCAAUGGCGGCGGUGGUGGCGGUAACAACGGCGGUAACAACGGCGGUAACAACGGCGGCAACAAUGGUGGCCAAGGCGGUGGCCAAGGCGGCCAGGGCGGCCAGGGCGGCGAUCAGAACAACGGCCAAGGUGGCCAGGGCGGCGAUCAGAACAACGGCCAAGGUGGUCAGGGCGGUGACCAGAACGGAGGUCAGGGCGGUGAUCAAAACGCUGGCGACCAAGGUGGUGAUCAGAACGCUGGUGGCCAAGGUGGUGAUCAAAACGCUGGUGGCCAAGGUGGUGAUCAGAACGCUGGUGGCCAAGGUGGUGAUCAGAACGCUGGUGGCCAAGGUGGUGAUCAAAACGCUGGUGGCCAAGGUGGUGAUCAGAACGCGGGCCAAGGCGGUGAUCAAAACGCUGGUGACCAAAACGCUGGUG